AUGAGAAAAUUGAAAAAUUAUUUGAAGUUAAUUUAUAAAGAAGAUAAAGAGAAGAAAGAAAAGAAACAAGAAUUAAUUAAUUGGCUGAAGGAGGAAGUUGAGGAUUGGUUGAGAAAUUUAUGCAAGGAAAAAGGAAUUGAAUAUGGAGUGAUUCUGGGUGGGUCAGAAUUACUCGAAACAGCAGCAGCUAAUUCUGAUUUGGACAUAAUUUUUCUUGUCCAUCAAAUUUACGAAAAAGAGAAAGAAAGCUUUAAAAAAUGUAAAAUGUGCUCGAUUAAGAGGGAUUCUUUAAGACCUUGUAUUGAAGAACAUGAUUUGAUUUUCGGGAACAGCAAACUUUCUUUGUACUCACAUUUGAAAAAAGCAAUUAUAGAUGAAGGAACAAUUGAGAAAUUAAAAUUAAAUGUGAGUUUUAAAAUAAUUAUUUUACGAAUUGUAAAAUAA